CGGCCCCGGCCCCCCCGCUGCGCCCCCCCGGGGCCCCGCCUGAACGCUCGGACGCCAGGAUCCAUCGAGCCCCAGCGGCAGGAGAACGGGACGGUGCCGAGGCUGGACGAGGGCCUGGAGGAAUUUUUUAGCAGGCGUGUCCUCACCGAUAACGCCAGCUAUCCCCGGACCCCCAGGGGCUGCGGGGUGAGACCAGGUCCUUCGGACGCCCUGCCCCCCAUGCAGAAGAAGAGGCGAAAGGGGCUUUUCCAUUUUCGGCGCCACCGGAGCCUCAAGGGGGAGCGGGAGGCUGAAGACACCGUGUGGGGGGCCCCCCACAGCUCCCCCGGCACCCCGCAGGGGGCAGGAGAGGAGCCCAAGGCGCCCAUGCGGAGCUCGGCCAGCCUGGACGAGGGGCAGGAGGAGGAGCCCCAGAGCGUGCGGGUCCCCUUCCCCGGGCUGGGGGGCAGCGGAGGAAGCGGGGUGAAGGGGCUGCCAUCCCGGGGGAGGCAGGGUCCCUCCACCGACCGUCCCCGCAACCCCGAGAGGGCGGAGUCAGACUCCUCGGAGGCGGAGCUAUUGCAGCCUUCCAAAGUCCAGCGCAUCGCCCUGCCGGGAAUGGGGCGGAGCCUGGAUGGGAAGACAGAGGGGGUGGAGCUGCAGAGGACAGGCAGCCUGCAGGAUCGAGAGAGGCGGAGGUCCUCGGACGAAACAGGUAAGGGGGUGCACCCCAAAGUCUGCCCCUCCUCCUCUCCUAGCUCCCCCCAUCCUUGCAAACUUCUCGGCGGCUGUGUCUCUGAGGCUGUGAACUUCCCUGCAGUAGUGCCCCCAGGGCUGCGAGCUUCCCGGCACAGUGCCCUGGGGCUGUGA